UUGAAAACGAAGCGAACGCCAGUUUUUUUUAGUAUCUGCUCUCUCGUGCUUUCCCAAUUACAUGCUCUAAUGGCCCAACCGUACGAAUCCGAUGAAGAGAACGAUGCCGCAUUCGUCUACCCUGGCUUUGAAUUCGAAGAAGAGACGGAAAAUCACUUGGAAAGCGAAGAGGAGGAGGACGACGAGGAGUAUAUUCCGGUUGUAAACUCGCCUAGGGUUGUAGGUAAUGUCUCUUUGAAUCCCGGUCGAGUUAGUGUUGAAGAAGAGAGAAGUAAGCGGAGAAGAGCAGAGCACGGAGGAGAAGGAGGAGGAGAGACGUGCUCGUUGAUUGCAGAUGAGAACGCUGAGAGUUCUCAGGGAAGAGAGUGGAAUCGAACUCAAAUCGAUGGGCUUUUUUGCCCUAUUUGCAUGGAUGCUUGGACCAGUGAGGGGGACCAUCACAUCAGCUGUCUUCCUUGCGGCCAUAUAUUCGGACUUUCUUGUAUCAGUAGAUGGUUGAAACAAAGUCGAAGUUCCGCAAAGUGUCCUCAAUGCAACAGGAAAUGCACAUUAAAGGAUGUGAGGAAGCUCUUUGCUCCAAGGAUUGCUGUGAUUGAUGAAGAAUCGCAGAAGACAAUUAGAUCUCUGGAGGUGAAAUGUGCUUCUCUUGAGAAGAAGAGUGCUGAUUGGUGUAGAAAAGAAUCUGAAUGGCAAAAGAGAGAAGCUGAGUUGCAACUUAAGGUCAACCAGCUCACGGAGAGGACUACUUAUUUGGAGCAUUUAGUAGAAGAUAUGCAGAGCAGGUCAAAUGUGCCAUUUACUGCUGGUAGGAACAGUCAAGGACAUAAAAUACCUGGAAUUAUCAACUCAAAGUUAUGCUGCAGAGGAUCGUCUAGUAUUUUUGUGUUAGAGAGAGAGUUGCAGGUGGAUGGUGCCCGCUUAUUUGAUAUAGAUGCAUUUGGUCAGAUUUUGUUACUUGUUCGGAGGCUACCUAAGAUUGGUGGGUCACAUGUACUUACCAAAAUGAACUUGCUACCUCCUCAUGAAAGUGAAGAUAUUUUGCUUCCUUCUAGCAUGAAAAUCAUAAAAGACUUGCAUAUUUCUCCUUUUAAUGGAAGUCAUGCGCUUUGUGCUUCAUUAGGCGAGAAACUAUCAGUUCUUAGUAUGGAAAGCAACAGUGUCAUCCUUUCCUAUGAUUUACUGGGUCCUGCUUGGUCAUGUUGCUGGGAUCUUCAUAGUUCAUAUUACAUGUAUGCUGGACUACAGAAUGGCUUGCUUUUGGCAUUUGAUAUGCGUCAAACCAGGGGACCAGUAGAAUCAAGUCCAGGACUGACAAACAAUCCAAUCCAUACAUUAUACUCUGUUCAAAGUAAUUCUUCUUCUGGUGUUAGAACGCUUCUAUCUGCUUCCUCCAUUGGCAUAUGCCAGUGGAACUUCGGCAGUACUGAAGAAAGGCCAUCUUUGGUUCCUCAAACAGCAAAUCAAGGAGUUUGUAUAUCCCUUGCUCAUUGUCUGAGCGGUGAUGACGUAGUGGUGACAUUUCGUCCCAAAGUCGAGAUGACCAAUGAGAUGGCUUAUUCUCAGUCAUCACUCACUCCUUGCUCGAUAAGUGGACGAGGAGUGCUUGGUUCCCAUCUUCAUUUGAAGAGAGUGGGUGAUAAGUAUGAACAGUUGGGCAUUUCAUGUGCCACUGUAAGUAACAUUCAGUUGCCUAGAUCUGUUAUCGUAGACAGGGAGAACGAAAAACCACUAUUUGCAGCUGGGGAUGAAGAAACAUUGGGAUUGAUCUUGCAAGAGUUGCCAACUUUCAAAUUUGAUCAAAGUCUUAAAUCUCACAAGCAUCAUAUUUGUGAUGUGAAGUAUACAAGUACACUAACCCAAGGUUUACUUGGCUGUUUGAGUGAGGACAGAUUGCAACUGUACAGUAGCAAGAUGAGAUGAGGACACUGCAUUUUUUUGGGGUAUCAAGGCAAGAGAACAUCUGAUUUUGUUCCUGGUAUUUUCGUAUUAACCACCAAAUGAGGGUAGUUGAUUAGGUUCCUUAACCCUAAAUUGUAUAUAGCGUCUCUUUCCGAUCAUCAAUGUUGUGCCAUUUAUUAUUGAUGUAAAUUUAAAAGCAUCUAAUUUUAUGAAAAAUUGGAAGGGUUUCAUAUCCAAUUUUUUAUUU